CCAUAUCAGUUGACUUGAAUAUAGCGCGCAGAUUUUUCUUUUUGUGAGAGACCCUCUGUUCGCCAUCCUCAACCACACGCAUCACUCUAGACUCCAGCCGUACAAUGCCUGCAUUUUCGAAGCUCUAUCUCUUCGCCUACAAUUCCCUCCAGGCCUUUGGAUGGGCAGUUUCUCUCUUUGCAAUUCUGAUUAACUUCUUUUCCACUCACUCACUCAAUGGAGCCUAUGCUUCUGCUGGAGACCUAAUCUGUUUGUUGCAAACUGCUUCUUUCUUGGAAGUGAUUCAUGGAGCAUUGGGCAUUGUCCCAAGUGGGGUGUUGUUCCCUUUUAUGCAGUGGGGAGGAAGAACCCAUUUCGUGUUGGCCAUUGUUCGUCAAAUCAUUGAGGUCCAGGAAUUACCAUCAAUUUUUAUAACUUUUGUUGCUUGGAGCAUGGCCGAGGUAAUUAGGUACUCACAUUAUGCUUUGAACUGCGUCGGAAGUUGCCCAUCUUUGAUAACAUACCUCAGGUAUACCGUGUUCAUUGUGCUGUAUCCUAUAGGACUUGCUCCUGGUGAAAUGUGGACCAUGUACCAAGCUCUUCCGUUUGUAAAGAAGAAGAAUCUCUAUGCAGAUUUCUUUGCUGCUUUCCCUUUCAGCUAUUAUGAUUUUCUCAGGGUUGUGCUUCUCUGCUAUCCUUUCCUCUGGUUAAAUCUUUAUCGGUAUUUGUUAAAGCAACGACGGUCAAAAUUGGGUAGGCAUCAAGAGACAAAGAAGAAGAAGUGAAUGUUAAAGUUCUUUCAUUGAGACGCCUGUCUGCCAGGCUGGUGCACAGUAAUGAAAGGUUGACAUGAAAUUCUGAUUAUGCAUGGAGUUGCUGUAUAUUGAAAAUGAGAGGGCUUUCAUUAUUUACGAGGUGAGCUAAUUCUAUUUUCACAUGCCUGCUAAGAAUUUGAUCUUCAAUAAAUAAAUAAAUUUUGCUUUAAUCAUACAGGUGCUACAUAAUAUAAAAGUAAUUAUUUAAAACAGGACCUAUACUAUAUGGUGUCCAUUAAUUUGUAUCAUGGCUUGCCAUCUUGAAUCUUGCAUGUAUGUUUUUGUGCAAUGUACUCUACCUAG